AACACACGUGUGCAGACUGCAAUUGGCAGACUGAUGUUUUGUUAUCGGUAAAUGUUUCGGUAUCAGAAAAGUGUAUAAGUACAAGCAGACUGAUUAAAAGUUUAAAGCGACGCUUUUAAACAACAACAAAUGCCACAAGGAAAACUGAAAACAAAGGUUAAAGUACCGAGCGCAGCGAAAAAGAAAAAAACAUCAAAUAAGAAAUUAAACACCUUAAAAAAAGGAUCUCGAACAAUAGCUCCGAAAAAAGCAAACUUAGUUGCAACAGCAAGGCUUAAAAAGAAUUUGAGCCAAAGCAUUAACAAACAUAUUGAGAAAGAAGUUAUCUUACAAGCGGGAAAAAAUAACGUUGGAUUAAAGGUGGUUGAAAAAUCAGCCAAAGAUCCAGAAAAAAAGAAAACCGAAUAAAGAUGAGUAAGAAGUCCAAAGAAGAUCCUGAUGUUUCCUCCAGUGAUGAAGGGGAAGAUGGGAUGAUGAUGGUGGAAGAUGGGGAGAAAGUUGAUGUGGAUUUUGAAGGCUUCCCAUUAUCUGACAGUGACUUUGAUGGAAUUCGACAACUUCUGACACAACUUCUUUCAUCUUCUGUUGAUAUUAACUUAUCUAAACUAACUGAAUCCUUGAUUGGACAAAACUUUGUGGGCACUGUUUUAAAACAGAGUGAGACUGGUUCAGAAGCAGCAUCACCAGAAGAGGACGAAGUAUUUGCUCUUGUGACUUGUCUCCCUAUCAUCCCACAAGAUGAACUUCAAAAAUCGAUUGUAAAACAUUUUAUAAGCAAGUGUAAAAGCAGCAGUGCUUCCUCUGAAACAAAAAAGGAAUUUACAAAAAUUCUCCAAGCUUGUGCAGAGAAGGGUGAACCAACAGGAUUUUUAAUAAACGAAAGGUUUAUAAAUGUCCCAUCUCAGGCGGCACUACCGAUGUUUGAAAAGCUGUUCUCAGAACUUGAAAGCGCUAAAAACUCCAAUCAUAAAGCAAACUAUAAUUUUACUCACUAUGUUAUAAUUUGUAAAAUAUGCCGGGACUUUGCAACACAAGAUUCUGACACAAUGUACAUGAAUGCAGAAGAAGAGAUUUUCGCAGAAGAGUCUCUGACAUCAUUCGAUUACCAAAUACCUACUGAUGACGUCAUGAAGACAAGACGUGUACUGCUGUUAACAAAGAAAAACUUUGAACGUUCGUUUGAAAAAUUAAAAUCGGUGUUGGCGCAAUAAAAUGUGUAUGUCGAUAUAACAUGUCAUGUCCAUUAUUUUACAGGAACAAUGUCACAAGUUGUUGUUUACCAACCAAUAAAGCUAUUUUUAGAGGC